GGUUGGAAUGGUAGGGUUUUUAGCUACUGCUGCAGACAGCUAGUUGCCUCUCCACUGUCAAGCUAGCUGGGUGUCCUGCUUCGCUUCCGUUCCUGUGUGUGUCACUUCCGGGGCAGCGUAGACCAGAUGCUGCAUUACUAGUAUCAUCGUACGACCGUAGUUUUUGUGUGUGUCUGUAGCAUCGACUUGUCUGUAGUCGUGCAGCAACGAGGUAAAGGAAGAUGUGCGGAAGGACCGCAUGCACCCUAGCGCCAGACGAAGUUUGCCGUGCCUCUCGCUACCGAGACCGAGCGGGGCAACGUCGACAACCGAGAUGGAAGGAAGGGGAUUCUGACAAAUACCGACCCUCCUACAACAAAAGUCCUCAGUCCAUGAGUCCCGUCUUGCUAUCCCUGAGACAUUUUGAUAAGAAUUCCCCAGUUGACGAGUGUGUGCUGGCAGCAAUGCGUUGGGGCCUGGUUCCCUCCUGGUUCAAAGAAAGUGACCCAAGAAAGAUGCAAUACAAUACCAACAACUGCCGCAGUGAUACAUUGCUAGAGAAGAAGUCGUACAAGGAUCCCCUGUUGAAAGGGCAGCGGUGUGUCAUUCUGGCCGAUGGCUUUUAUGAAUGGAGGAGACAGGAGAAAGACAAGCAGCCGUUCUUUAUAUAUUUUCCACAGGUACACAAGGAGGAGACGCAGGAGAAAACCGAGGAGCAGGAGGCCCUUCAAAAGGAGAAUACACUGUGCUCUCUAGAGGAAGACCAAGAGUGGACAGGGUGGAAGGUUCUAACCAUUGCUGGGUUGUUUGACUGCUGGAUGCCCCCAGGUGGUGAAGAUCCUCUCUACACCUACACUAUCAUCACUGUAGAUGCAUCCCCUAACCUGCAGUGCAUUCAUGACCGGAUGCCCGCUAUUUUGGAUGGAGAGGAGGAGAUUAGAAGAUGGCUGGAUUACGGUGAGGUGAAGUCAUUAGAAGCUCUUCACCUGCUUCAGUCUAAAAACACUUUGACCUAUCAUUGUGUCUCGUCAUUGGUGAACAACUCACGCAACAACUCUCCUGAGUGCCUGCAACCUGUGGAUCCUCAGAUUAAGAAGGAGCCCAAGCCCACAGCCAGCAGUAAAAUGAUGAUGAGCUGGCUGAAGGGUAGCAAAUCCUCCAAGAGGAAGGAGCCAGACUCUGAGGAGACCAAAGAGGAGGAGCAUAUGGGAGCUCAUAACCUCCCUAUAAAGACCAGUCCAGAGAAGAAGACCAAGCCUGCAGGGUCCCUCCAGCAGUGGCUGCAGGGAGCUGGCAAGAAGCCACGGACUAACUGAGCAGGGCAGAUUAUUCAUCUUAAUUUAGUGCAGGGCUGUCCAAUCUUGUUCCUGAUGAGCUACCAUCAUGCAGGUUCUGUCUCCAACCCUCCUUUGUCAUGUAUCCAGCGGCCUACAGCACUGUAAGUCUCCAGUAACAGGGCUGGUUAGCCUGCCCUAUUUCAUUAAACGUAUAUAUUUCUGUAGUUAAACUAUGAUGUGCAAGGCCAUGUCAGCCUAUGGUAGGUAUGCAUUUGGUCUGUUAAACGUUUGUACAAUAUUGAAUUAAAACAUUUUAUU